GGCAGGGGGAGAAUGGUAUAUCAAUUAAAAAGCUGUUCACAAGUACAACGGAGCUAGUAUGACUGAUUUUCUAUCGGGUGGAGGACGGUUUAGCACUUGGCCCAACAAGUCCUGUUGCCAUCAUCCCUAGAUUCCACCCAUCCAAAACAAACGAGCUACCCCAAUCUCCGGAGUUCAGAAGCAAACGACGAGAAGCACUGUGCCAGUGGCAAUGUCGUACGGCACAGAGCUACCCCAAGAUCUGGUCCUUAACAUACUCUAUCGACUCCCCGCGAAGUCUCUCUGCCGAUUCAAAUGCGUAUCAAAGUCAUGGCUUACUCUAAUCUCAUACCCUCAUUUCGCCAAAACACACCUCAAUCGAAGCAACAGCAAAACCGAGAGAGCCAUCCUCAUUUCUGAUGAUCUGUACUCCGUCGACUGCGCUGAAGCAUUCAAUAACGAUGAUCUGAUUGCGACGAAACUUGAUUUAUUUUCGAUUGAAAAGCAAUACGAGUUUGAAAUCUUGGGUUCUUGCAACGGUUUGAUUUUAGUUAGAGACGCAAACUGCACCAAGUUUUUGUUGAACCCAUCAACUCGAGAGAUCAGAGAGUUACUCGAUUCCCCUUUUGCCCCUGCUCACGCCAUGAACGGACUUGGGUACGAUUCGUCUGCAGAUGAUUUCAGGAUUGUGGCAAUUGAUGUUAGAUCUGAUCCUGAUCCCGAUGCUGCUGUUGUUGAUGUUGAGGAUGAUGAAUCCUGUUGUACGUAUACAAUUGCAAGUCUGUAUUCACUGAAAACCGAUUCUUGGAGGAGGAUUCAAGAUGUUCUCAACUAUCAUUAUCGUUCUCGUAUCACGACUGUCUCGAUGGUUCUUGUAAAUGAGUCUCUACAUUGGUUGAUUUUUGGGUCUUACGGUGAUCGGUUUGUGAUUGCUGCUUUUGAUUUAGCAGAUGAGAAAUUCCAUGAUGUGCAGAGACCUAGCUCACUUGUCAACAAUAAUGUCCAUUUCACGUAUAUAUUGGGAGUUUGCAGAGGGUGCCUCUGUAUUUUUGUGUGUGGUUAUAGUUUCCAAAUCGAAGUUUGGGUCAUGAAGGAGUAUGGGGUUACUGAAUCUUGGACCAAACAUACAAGGUAUAUAGGUAAUAUGUACAUGGAGCAACCCUUAUAUUUUCUGGUGGAUGAGGAAGUUCUAAUGAGAAAGGAUAGAGAUGAAUUGUUCGCAUUCAAUGCAGAAGAGAAAACAUCAAGAGAGAUAGUGGUGCGUGGCAUUCCAGCUAUGUUUAGAGGAGGGAUGACCUAUGUGGAGAGCCUUGUCUCGCCCUAUCACGCCCAUGGGAUUGAUGGUGUUCGUGAAUCACUGGUUGAAGACUAUAGAGCCUGGAGAGGACAAUCAAUGGCACAGGCGAAGGCAAAGGCAAAGGCAAAAAGAUACACACUGGAUAUGGGUUCGAGCUCAAGGAGCAUUGAGGCUUCCCAAUUCCCAUUCUAUCGCUGAUCGCUGAUCAUUUCUUCCGAGACUUCUUGGAUUGCCUCAAGUCCACUUGAACUCUAGAAACACCAAUUUAUGAGAAGUCCUUCAAGAUGUUCGAGGAUCCCUACUGGAGGGAAAGAUUCAUCAGUAUGCUUGACGAAAGGAAAAGAUAUUAGUUGGUAUCCGCAAAUGAAAGCUCUCAGUUUUAUCAUGUUGAAAUUUUGUCACGUUCAGGUAGCGAGUAUAGCAGCUUUGCUUGAUGAUGGCACUAUUUUUUUUUUGGCUUUCCAUGUUGUAUUAGGAAUACUAGGACUGAUGGUGCUGUUCUGAACUGGCUAUUUAAAAAAAAAAAAAAUUAGAAAAGAAAAUUGUUAAAACGGAGUUUAUUUGUUUAUCCAUAACAGGUUCUCAUUUUCUGCUUCUGUUUCUUUCUAAUUGUAAUUCAAAUUAUAUCGUUACCAUGUGAAUGCUUUGAAAGGUUCAUAUCUCUUAUUAA